AAGAACUUAAACAAACAGAGUUGAUGGUACAUGAUAUGAGCAAUGGCAAGAGUGGAAAGGAUCAUUUUCAUUUGAAGUGAUUCCGUGAAAACAAUAAUUUGUAUUACCAACAAGUUAACCGUCGAGCGAUUACCAUAAAGUUUUAGUUUUGUUUAUCACCGAGUUUCAUGAAUAAAAUCAAUCAGUAAAAAUGAAUGUCCACAAAAACAAGCCUUUGAUUGUUUCAUGGAUAAACAUUUUACAACAAUUGAUCAACAUGAAAAUGGACAAUUAUUGAUCAUCAAAACAUCCAUCCGUUCAAGUUGAAUCUUUAACUGCAUCGUUUUAUUUUUUGUAUCAACAACAAUGUUUCUCUGGAUAACUUCAUUAAGUCUGCUUUACAUAAGUUCACUUUUAGGCCAAAUAAAAGGUGAAAAUGAUCUUUCCAUUUUGGAUCAUCUUCUUAAAGGUUAUGAUAGACGUGCUUUACCGGAAAGUUUAAAAGGAAAAGCAACUCCAGUUGCCUGUGAAAUUUACAUUAGAUCUUUUGGUUCCAUCAAUCCAGCAACCAUGGAUUACGAAGUUGAUCUUUACUUGAGGCAAACUUGGCUCGAUGAAAGACUUAAAACUCCGAAACUAUCAAAACCUUUGGACUUAAAUGACCCCAAAUUGGUAACCAUGAUCUGGAAACCGGAAGUUUUCUUUGCCAAUGCUAAACACGCUGAAUUUCAAUAUGUAACAGUGCCAAAUGUACUUGUACGUAUCAAUCCAAACGGAUCAAUACUUUACAUGCUCAGGUUGAAACUUCGAUUCUCUUGUAUGAUGGACUUGUAUCGAUUCCCAAUGGAUUCCCAGGUUUGCGCUAUUGAGCUUGCAUCAUUUUCAAAGACGACAGAUGAACUCCAACUUAAAUGGAAAGAAACAGAUCCAAUAGUUUUAUAUGAGAAUCUUAAGCUUCCACAAUUUCAAAUUGAACAUUGGAAUACAUCUUUAUGUAAAGAAAAGUUUCAAUUUGGUGAAUAUAGUUGCCUAAAAGCCGAAUUUUAUUUACAACGAUCUCUCGGAUAUCAUUUAGUUCAAUCUUACCUUCCAACAUCACUAAUCGUUUUCAUUUCAUGGGUUUCGUUUUGGUUGGAUAUCGAUGCAAUUCCAGCCCGAGUUACUCUUGGAGUAACAACUUUGUUAACAAUUUCGUCAAAAGGCUCAGGAAUCCAAGCUAACCUUCCACCAGUUUCGUACAUUAAAGCAAUUGACGUUUGGAUGGGUGCUUGCACUACAUUUGUUUUCGCUGCUUUACUCGAGUUUACCUUUGUCAACUACCUAUGGAGACAAAAAUGCAAACAAAGAGCGUCACAUUUUAGACAAACAAUUACCAAUUUAAAAGCAAACAUUACAAACUCUACAAACAAUCCAGCUGACCAAGCUAAAAGAGACGAGGGAAAGACAAAAAUGGUCUUUAAUGGACCACCGAAUGAACCAAUUGGAAUAACAUUGACACGUCUCAGUGCAGGUGCGAAUGGAGGCGGUGGUUGCAGUAGCAGCGGUGGUAGUAGUGGCGGAGGUAAUGAUCAUUAUGUGCGUUACCAACUUGGUGAUGUACCCAAAGCAUCUGGAAUCGAUAGAACUUGUCGAUUUUUAUUUCCAAUGCUGUUUCUUGUGUUCAACACUGUUUAUUGGCCUUACUAUAUUUACUAAUUUAACGAACCUGUUGAAAUGUUGAGAAAACAAAAAUAAAUUGAAUAUCAGAAAAACGCAAAACAAAUCGUAAAUUCAGCACAUAAACAUGAGAAAUGAAAAAAAUCAAGGAGAACAAUAAUUUUAUGCAGCAGGAAAAAGUUAUAAUUAUAAUAUUGUAUACAAAAAUAUAAUAAUAAUGCUAUAAUUCGAACAUUGA